GAGGUCGAGGGUAUCUCAACACCAGUGGUUCCCUCCUCCUUCUCUCUUCUCAGAGACUCCUGGCUGCCUGUCCUCUCGCUGGCAGACCUGGAGCUGAAUCUGCUCACGCCCUUUCCCCGCCAGGAGCAGUUAAGACGGACUCCUAAGGAGAUGUAGAGGUGCUGGCAGGGGCCAGGAGUGGAGGCAGAAGAGGAGAGGCCACACAUGGCCAAGGUCAGAAUCAUGGCCCUCUGCAGGAAGAUAGAGGCUGGGGCCUCAUGGCUCUCUGUGCUCUGACCACAAGGAAGCACUUUUGCAAUAUAGGAAAAGAAGAAACCAGAUUGAUAAAGGAAGUGCUGGUCACUCUGGGGACGGGUGAGUUUGGGGAAGGCUCUCACUCUCCCUUGCUCUUCUGAAGGGGCCUGAUCCUCGCUCUCUGGGUGUCUCCCGACUCCCCAAGGAGGCACCUCCUAGGGCCUCCCUCUGGCCUUGACGGAGCUGCUGUCGCUUCCUCCCCGAGGAGUAGAGCAAGGCAAUGGGUCUGUUCCUGCUGCUGUCUCUGCUGCUGCUGCCGUCACGUCUGCAGGCCGGUAGCUCAGCAGAGUGUGAUACAACUAACUACGGAAUCAAGCAACCAGACCGCCUCUCAGCCCCCAAGGGUGGCUCCGUCCGGAUCCCUUUCUCCUUCUAUCAGGACUGGGACUUAGCCCGGGAUCCCAGAGUGAGUGUAGCCUUGAGACGGACAGCUUUCCAUGGGCAGGUCAUCUACAACAGUACUCAGCCUUCCAUCCAUAAGGACUACGAGAACCGGAUCUCCCUUGAAUUAUCACCGGGUCAGAGGUCUGGCUCCCUGCAGAUAUCGAACCUGCAGGAGAAGGAUGGGAAUUUGUACUUUUACCGGAUCCAAGUGGAAACAUUAAGAUGCGGCAGGAAGGUGUGGCAGGCCCUCAACGGGACCAAACUCACCAUCACCCCCGCUCUCAAGAUGACCACCUGUGCCCCCACCACUGCUGCCCCCACCACCACUGACCCCAGCACCACUAGCCCAACCACCACUGGCUUCAGUGUCUUGGAAGGCAAUAGGAGCUCAGCAUCUUCACCCAGGACUGUGGAACCUGUGGUCAUAGUGACAGUGGCCAACACUGUGCUCAAAACUGCAAUUUUGGGACUGAUACUCUACCUCAGGUGGAAAAGGAGCAAAGGAUGAAGCCCAGGGCGACAACCCCAUCCUCUAUGCCUCCCUCACCCUCUCCAGCUCCUCAUCACGGGCAGCACCUCCCCACCUCCCUCCCAAGGAGGCCCCGCAGGAGGAGACCCUAUAUUCUCUCGUAAAGGCCUGACGAGCGGGACUGGAGGAUGACUGCCUUAGACUGAGCUGCCCAGCGGGUCACAGCCUCUGAUAAUGACCCCGGCCAGACAGGAAGACUCAGAAGCCAGUGGGUGUGGAAGGCCUCCAAGGACCACAGAGAGACAGAGCCAUCUGCUCCAACCCCCUCUCCACCUUCCCAGCCCUUGCCCAGAGAGUCACAGGGCUGGUGGAAUUUGCCCGAAGGCAUCUAAGGAGAAAACUGAUGGCACCUUCCAUUUCUGUCUUCUCCUUCUCACCACGAAUGAAUUAUAAUAAAAGGUCACACCCGAGAUCCCUCCCCCA